UCCUCCAGGAAUCCAGGACCUGCUGCAAACGUGACAAUCUGCAUGAGAAAAGACACUUGAGAGGUGAGUGGCAACCCUUGAACCCUUGGGAGGGGUGAAAAGAUGACCGUGGUGUCCCAGGAGAACCGCGACGAGACGGCGGCGGUCACUCCCUUGUUGGAGGAGCAGGAGUGUAGCGAGAGGGUGGUCAUCAACAUCUCGGGCCUGCGCUUCGAAACCCAAGUCAAGACCCUCUCGCGCUUCCCCAGCACGCUCUUGGGUGAUCCCCGCAAAAGGAUGCGGUUCUUCGACCCGCUGAGGAACGAGUACUUCUUUGACAGGAACCGGCCCAGCUUUGACGCCAUCCUGUACUACUACCAGUCCGGGGGGAGGCUGCGCAGACCGGUGAGCGUCCCCGUGGAUAUUUUCCUCGAGGAGAUCAAGUUCUACGAGUUUGACGAGGAGACGAUCGAGCUUUUUCGAGACGACGAGGGUCUGAGCAGGGAGGAGGACCGACCUCUGCCUGACAACGAGUUCCAGAGACAACUCUGGCUCCUGUUUGAGUAUCCGGAAAGUUCCGGGCCCGCUCGCAUCAUCGCCAUCGUCUCCGUGAUGGUCAUUCUGAUAUCCAUCAUCAUUUUCUGCUUGGAGACGUUGCCCGAGUUUCGCGAGGUCCCCGCGUCGGGGCAGGAGCUCCACGUCAACGGCAGCGGCCACGGCAAGGUGAAGAGUCCCUUCACGGACCCCUUCUUCAUGGUGGAAACGCUCUGCAUUGUGUGGUUCUCCUUCGAGUUCACCAUGAGGUUCCUGUCCUGCCCCAGCAAGGCGGCAUUCUUCAAGAACAUCAUGAACAUCAUAGACGUGGUGGCCAUCGCGCCGUACUUCAUCACCCUGGGAUUGGACUUGGCCGAGCACCAGGGCAGCAGCCAGCAGGCCGCCUCGCUGGCCAUCCUGAGGGUCAUCCGUCUAGUCCGCGUUUUCCGGAUUUUUAAGCUCUCCAGACACUCCAAGGGUCUUCAGAUACUCGGGCAGACCCUGCACGCCAGCCUCAGGGAGCUGGGCCUCUUGAUUUUCUUCCUCAUCAUCGGGGUGGUCCUAUUCUCCAGUUCGGUGUAUUUUGCCGAAGCCGAGGACCCCGAAUCCGGCUUCUCCAGUAUCCCCGACGCCUUCUGGUGGGCGGUGGUGACUAUGACCACGGUGGGCUACGGAGAUAUGUGCCCCAGCACCAUCGGCGGCAAGUUUGUAGGAUCCUUGUGCGCCAUCGCCGGAGUGCUGACCAUCGCUCUACCCGUGCCCGUCAUCGUGUCCAACUUCAACUACUUCUACCACCGAGAGAACGACGAGGAGGACCGCUUGCAGUUCGUGCACGUGACGUGCGGACAGCCGCAGACGUCGUCCGGGGACGAGCGCUCCUACCGGGAGGAUGACUCGGAGAGCUUGACCCAGAUCCAAAUCUACACCGGGAAGCUGACUGACGUAUGAUAAGAACGGGCGGCGUCGGAAGACGCUGACGCCUGUCGUGUCAUCAUUAGCGGCAACAGCGACAAGACUUUUUCCCGUGAACCACCGAGGCCUCUCGCAACAAGUACAAUUCGAAACAUUUGCCUCAACGGACGGACGGUGAAAACGCUUUGGGGUAAAAGACUCUUGUCAAUAUUUUUCUACUUUUCACCACAAACCGUUUCAAACAAAUGAGAACUUUCACUGCACCUUGUUUCGGACAGCCAUUGAAAAUGGCACGGUAUAUAGUAUUUAUUUUUCUAACCUGUAUGUGAAAUUAAUUGAAUCUUGUUUUUUUUAAAGAAAUAAAUCCAAAGCAAUCA